GCCUUCGCGGCGCUGGACCGCGACGGCGACGGCUCGCUCCUGCCGCAGGACAUUAUAGAAGCGACGCAGGAGCUCGGCCUCCACUUCCGGCGGCCCGACAUCUACCAGCUCGUCGGCGAGCACGACGCCGACGGCGAGGGCCGGCUCCAGGCCGGCGAGUUCCGCGGCAUCAUGAUCGAGGGCGUCCGCGACGCGGACACGGCGGAGGACUACGACCUCCUGUGGGCCGAGUUCGACCGCGACGGCGCGGGCUACGUCGACGUCGCGGCCCUCAAAACCUUCUUCUCCGAGCUCGGCGAGGACGUCGAGAAGAUCGACGUCGAGAAGAUGAUCACGGAGGCG